AUGUAUGUCAACUUAUUGCACGUUUAUCCCAAAGUGACUUGGAAACAUCUUGUUCUGCGUCCAAAUAUACAUCCUAGAUACAAGUUUAUCUUGUGGCUGGCAAUACAGAAACGUUUGGCAACAGUUGAGAGAUUGCAAAAGUUUGGUAUUAAUGUUCCCCCUGAUUGUGCCUUCUGUGGGCAACACCUAGAAAUAUUCUCACAUUUAUUCUUUGAAUGUGAUGUGACUAGAAGGAUAUGGAGGAGGUUGCUACAAUGGAUGGGGUAUAACAGACAAUUACAAGACUGGGAAAAUGAGGUGAAGUGGAUGAGCCAAGUUGCUAGAAGACGAGGAGGUCAAGCUGAGAUAACUAGUCGUCUGUUUGCAAUGACUGUGCAUAAGGAGCAGCUUGUCCAGGCUGCUGGAACUCAAAUUGUACAUGUUUUUAGUUAUAAAUGA